CGUUCAUUCGCGAUUACAGUGGGAAAGUACGGAAAUGUCUAAAAUGCUCUUCACUUUCAUUUUCGCUUUUUAUGCUGAGUAACUGUGUAUUUGUCCGUGUCGCGCACGGCAUUGAAUUACACAGACCGAGAGCAUAUUCUUCUUUCUAACCGCCCUCUCUGAAGCGAAAGGCUUUCCUAAACUUUAUUAAACAACUUUUCCUCUCCGGAGACGACAUGGCUGCUUUGGAUAUCCGCCUCGAGUCGAAGAAACAGGUGGACGAUUUCUGCCAAAAGCUCACCAAGGAGGCAGAGGAGCUGGUGUCAAAGUUUUUCCCGCAGAAGAUCGAAGAGCUGCAGAUGCUGCUGCAGUCAUCUUUCAGCUGCGACGACCUGACUUCUUUGAAGGCUCCACUGGACAUCCCGAUACCAGAUCCAGCUAAAGAGGAGGCCAAGCGCAAGAAGAAGGAGGAGAAGGAGGCUAAAGAGGGGAAGAAAGACAAGGACAGUGAUAAAGAGGAGGAAGAUGCAGGACCUCCUUGUGGUCCCAUCUGCACCAACGAGCGGGUGGAGAGUCUCCUGCAGCAGGUCAAACCUGAGAUCCAGACACUGAAGGAGAAGCUCAACACGGUGUCCAUGUGGGUGCAACUCCAGAUUCCUAAAAUUGAAGAUGGUAACAAUUUUGGAGUAGCUGUGCAGGAGAAAGUGUUUGAGCUGCUGACCAACACACGCACCAAGAUCGAAGGAUUCCAGACUCAGAUUUCAAAGUAUUACAGUGAGAGGGGUGAUGCUGUGGCCAAAGCCUCCAAGACAUCCCAUGUGGGAGACUACAGACAGCUGGUCCAUGAGCUGGACCAAUAUCAAUACUGUGAGCUCCGCCUUGUGGUCUUGGACAUCCGCAAUACAUACGCUGUGCUGUUUGACAUCAUUAAGAAGAACUUUGACAAGAUUAAGAGGCCCAGAGGAGAUGGGAAAGCUCUCAUCUACUGAGACUGACUCCAGGCUUUUUUUUUUUUUUUUUUUUUAAAACAAGCAACAACUA